AGGGGAAAAGGGGCUGACUGUUUCUGUGGCUCCGAGGCCUGGUUGUGCCCUCUGUGCCCUCGCCUCGGCCCCCCUGCCCUGCCCCCCAGGACGGCCUCUGCACGCAGGGCCAAGAUGAGUUUGUUUGGAUCAGCCUCAGGCUUUGGAACUGGUGCUACCAGCAUGUUUGGAAGCACAACUGCAGAUAAUCACAACCCUAUGAAGGAUAUCGAAGUUACGUCUCCUCCUGAUGAUAGUAUUGGUUGUCUAUCUUUUAGCCCACCAACAUUGCCAGGGAACUUUCUUAUUGCUGGCUCCUGGGCCAAUGAUGUGCGGUGUUGGGAAGUACAAGAUAGUGGACAGACUAUCCCAAAGGCUCAGCAGAUGCACACUGGCCCGGUGCUUGAUGUCUGUUGGAGUGAUGAUGGAAGCAAAGUAUUCACAGCGUCAUGCGAUAAAACUGCCAAAAUGUGGGACCUCAACAGUAACCAGGCCAUUCAGAUUGCACAGCACGAUGCUCCUGUGAAAACUGUGCAUUGGAUCAAAGCACCGAACUAUAGUUGCGUGAUGACAGGAAGCUGGGACAAGACUUUAAAGUUUUGGGAUACACGAUCACCGAGCCCCAUGAUGACAUUGCAGCUGCCUGAAAGAUGUUACUGUGCUGAUGUGGUCUAUCCCAUGGCAGCUGUGGCUACUGCAGAGAGGGGGUUGAUUGUUUAUCAGUUAGAGAACCAGCCUUCUGAAUUUAGAAGAAUAGACUCUCCACUUAAGCACCAGCACCGCUGUGUUGCCAUUUUUAAAGACAAACAGAAUAAACCUACUGGCUUUGCUCUGGGAAGCAUUGAAGGAAGAGUUGCUAUUCAUUAUAUUAACCCACCCAAUCCUGCCAAAGACAAUUUCACCUUUAAAUGCCAUCGAUCCAAUGGAACUAAUACCACAGCACCUCAGGAUAUCUACGCAGUAAAUGGGAUAGCAUUUCAUCCUGUCCAUGGCACCCUUGCAACCGUGGGAUCUGAUGGCAGAUUCAGCUUUUGGGAUAAAGAUGCAAGGACGAAGCUGAAAACAUCAGAACAACUGGACCAACCGAUAUCUGCUUGUUGCUUCAAUCAUAAUGGAAACAUAUUUGCCUAUGCUUCUAGUUAUGACUGGUCAAAGGGACAUGAAUUUUACAAUCCCCAAAAGAAAAACUACAUUUUUCUGCGGAAUGCUGCAGAAGAGUUAAAGCCCAGAAAUAAGAAGUAACAGGUGCUUGUUGUUGGAGGAAUGAAACUGAACGAACUUUAUCAUUCGGGGAAGUGGAAGACCAAUAGCUUUACCCCUCAGCAGCAACAGCAGUGUGUUCCCUCUUCUGCGUGCUUCCCAAGCCCUGAGAGAUUUCUUCAAUCCCACCUUUCAGGUUCUUUUGUUGACCCUCAUUCGGGACUGACCUCUUUGCCAUUUCUAGUGCGCAUUAGGAGUGGAGUUAAAUUCAUCAUCGUUUGGACUGUAAAAUCUUCUGUCAUAAUCUCGAUACCCAAUGUAUUU